GGGCGAGAUUCGGUACGCCUUCUGCCCUGUGGAGUAGUGACGUCCGUCUCACUUCAGACAAUACAAUCAAAUGCUCAGAUUAUGACCCCUUGGCUUCCAGAGACAUACAUAUGGUCCCUCUGUUUCCACCUGUGAUGUCAGAAAACGGGUCUUUGAAGCGCGUUCCGUACUUGGUGAGCAACGCUGUACCCGUGACCAACCAGUCGCUGGAACGAUGGAGUGAGUUGAUGAAUGAGCUCAUUCCUAGAUGGGUUGUCGUCGGAGGUCCUUUGAAUGUGGUGAUGGGUCCUGCCUUUGACAACGACGCCGAUUCUCACGUGGAUGACUUUACGGGAUUCGGCAUUCCCGAAGUCCCCUCAGAUUUGUUUGUUGUGCUGACAAGGUGUCUCAAAAACGUGAUAUCUGUGGACCACUGUCCCUACGACCACCUGGAUGUCCUCAGCUUCAUUUAUCCUCUUGAUGAACCUGUUUCCAAUUGUUUGGACGAGGAGCGCUAUGCCUUGGAAUUCACUGCGAAGAUCCGCGAUGUCGAAAUGGCUACCGGUCUGACUUUCUAUCCAGAUUUGUCUUUUAGAGACAGAGUCACCCUCGAGCAAAGGAUCACCUCGAACCUGUGGCCGUUAAACUGAUAUCGUGUUGAGAUAUUUAGAUAAAGAGGCAGAUGCA